CUCCAUAACUUAAUGUUAUAUUAGUGAAGGACAACAGUGCUCCAUAACUUAAUGUUAUAUUAGUGAAGGACAACAGUGCUCCAUAACUUAAUGUUUCAUAAUCUUUAAUCCCAGCGGCUACAGAUGGCCGCCAGCAGAUGGACUCAGAUUUCCCAAAAUAAUCAAAUCUCUGAUGUUUUCAGGUACAUAGCGUGACCAACACACAAACACACACACCCACACGGUUAUAUGACCAAACAGGCAUCACUUCAAGUAGAAAAUAGGAGUCUGAAGGAUCAAUUAGAAGGGAGAUUGCUGAGUAACCACGGUGACCCUAUAAUGCCUCACACAUCUGUCUCUCCACAGGGAGCCUGUCCAGCUGUUUUAUAAGUAAAUUGCGAUUACGUUUAUUGCGCGUUUGUGUGUGUGUGUGUGUGUGUGUGUGCGCGCUACCAGAGUGAUGUAAUGUUUUGUUUGGCCUAAAUUGGUCCUGAUCCUUUGACAUGAGUCCACUCCGCAUUAAUCCAAAUUAAUCUGAUUCACCUCUGUCUGUCUGUCUGACUGUCUGUCUGUCCGUCAGUCUAAAUCUAAAUUGAUCAAUGUAUCAAUUUAUCAUAGGUUUUUCACUUAGAAGCAUAUAACAUAUAGUUAUUACAAUUAACUGUAAACACAUUUAUAUGGUUAUAUAUUGAAUGAUUAUUGUUUAUGAAAAUGAAUGAUAAUUUUUUUGGUUUUAAGUAUUUCUCUCAUUUCAUAUGUUUAAUAUCCAGUGAUGUAAAGGCAUUCCAUACAUGAUAGAUUAGAAUGCCAAGAGUAUUUCAGCACUGGGACUUUUGACUAUACAUGCAUCGGCCCGCAUUACUGUUGCUUGGCAACAGCCCAGUCCCAGUUCAGUUUCAGAACUAUUUUUGUGAGCGAAAAACAUAAUUAAAUGAAUAAAUAAUAAUCCCUUGUCUCUUCAUUGAGUUCUGAGAGUGCUUUAAUACUAAAAAUAGUCAAGGCUGUGAUUAAAUUCCCCGUAUAACAAUUACAACCGUGCUGACCUCCAGAAUAACCUCAUUCGCUCUCGUGUGACAGCAUGGAAGUCGCAGUUGCUUAUUUUGCCCCCUGUCGUUUGCCGUCGUCUCGAAACGGUUGCGCGCGCAUCAUAAGGUGGCCGUCAGCAGCAUGUCUUCCAAAACAAAACAUAUUUAUUAUACUUCUUUUCAUUGCAUGAUUACUCAUGCAUGAGUUAAAUAUCUACCUGUGACAAUAUAUUCGGACUGCAAGGUUAUGUUCAUGUGGUCUCGGCAGAGGACAACUUCUACUUUCGUGGCGUUUCUGCGGAUCAGCAGAGCUCAGACCAGCAAGGAGAUUCUGUCACUCACCUGUCACUCUUCCUCCUCCUCCUCCUCUUCUCCCUCCUCCUGCCCCUCCAGCCUCCAUCGCUCCGUCCAUCAGCCUCUUUUCUCUCGCCUCCUCUCGACUCCCCCUUCCCCCACCCCUCUGAUGGAGCUAAAGAAGGUUCUAGAAGUGCUGGAGCAGUUCGCUCCCCUCUCAUUGGCCGAGCCAUGGGACAACGUGGGCCUACUGGUGGAACCCAGCCGGCCUCGACCAAUCAGCACCAUCCUGCUGACCAACGACCUCACCGAGGCCGUGAUGGACGAGGCCGAGGCCCUGACCUGUGACCUCAUUGUGUCGUACCACCCGCCGCUCUUCCAGCCAAUCAAACGACUGGUCCAGAGGGACUGGAAGCAGCGAUUGGCCGUGCGUGCGCUGGAGGGCGGGAUCGCCGUCUUCUCCCCCCACACCUCCUGGGACAGCGUCCGGGGCGGGGUCAAUGACUGGCUGGUGGCCGGGCUGGGUUGUGGCCAGGUGAGUGUUCUAAGCCAGGCCCUCGCUAGCGGCCCCUGCAGGUUCAAGCUGGAGUUCAAAGUGAGGAACGCAGAAGAACUUCAGCCAAUCGCAGAGCAGCUGAAGAAAGAGGACAGCAAGACCACACUGACCCACUCUGUCAAUAGCUGCGCGGCUGAAGGAUUAGUGGCUAGUGUACUCUGUAGCGACACAGCGCUGCCCUCUGCUGUCCAGACGCUGCUACAACACGGAGUCGCCAGCCAGGCACUUGCCAUACUAAAGACUGAGCAGCCUCCCCUCCCGGGUCACGGCCAGGGCCGACUCAUCGUCCUGGACCAGUCCGUAACCGUGGGCACGGCCGUGGAGAAGAUGAAGUCUCACCUGGGCAUGAAGCAUCUGAGACUAGCCCUGGGCUCUGGACACACACUGGAGUCCACAGUGAGCCGUGCUGCAGGGUGUGCUGGAUCCGGGGCGUCUGUUUUGAAGGGCGUCCGGGCGGACCUCUAUGUCACAGGGGAGAUGUCCCACCAUGAGGUCCUGGAUGCGGUUGCCAGUGGAGCCAGCGUCAUCCUCAGUGACCAUAGCAACAGCGAGCGUGGCUUCCUGGCCGUGGUCAAGGACAAGCUGGGCGCGCGCCUGCCGGACUCCGUUACCGUGGCGAUCUCCAAGGCGGACCGGGACCCCCUGGAGGUGGUCUGACCGUAGAUGGUUACCGUGGUGAUGAUGAUGGGACCAUGGCGACCAGGUUCUGCUGGUGGACAUCAAGACCACCUCAAGAAUAACAACAAUAUCAACAACAAUAAGAAGUCCUCCAUGUACAUGCUGUCAGAUAAUAAACGGUUGCUUAUC